CGCUCACACUUGAUAAAUGCUCAAUCAAUUCAAAUUCAUGCUUGCCUGCUUGCAAUGAAGACUUGCUUUCUGCUCAAAAUAUCCCACAGAGUGAUUCUGAAAAGAAUAACAAACAGCUAAAUGAUAACUGCUGCAUGACUUUACAGUCAAAUGGUUUCAAACAAUUUCCUGAGUUUGCUCUGACGGUUCAAGGUGAACGUAUGGUGUUUUUAGUAGACUCAGGAGCAACAAAUAAAAUCUUCCAUGUUUUCCAAUCCACCUAAAAUGAGUGGACGAUUUGUGCACACUAUAGGUUCGUCUGGCCAGACAAUAAAAGAAAAACUUACUGUGCCUCUGUCUUGCACAACAUCAGACGGCAAGACACUCAAACAUUCAUUUUUGCUUUCAAACUUAUGCCCAGUUAAUCUAUUAGGAAGAGAUCUCAUGUGUAAUUUAGGUAUUUCACUGAUUUCCACUCCGGAGGGAGUGCAGGUCACAACCACAGACAAUGUAAAUAAUUUUUCUUUUGUUUGUGUUAAUUUCAGCUCAGAGCCGCUGCUCUACUCUUAUCAGUGGCUGCUGAAGGGAGAGGCUGUAACUAAGGCCCUCAUACAGGCUGCUCGACAGCUUGUUUCCUCACAGAAUACGACCUUUAGAGACGCAUCUGACCUGUCUUGUACAGCACAUGUGUCCACUGGUCCUGAUGAAGAGUUUGAAAAAUCAUGGUUACGCACAUCUGCGGACAAACUAACCUCAACCUCUCUAUUCUGGGAUGAACAUAGGUCUGCGCUUGCGAUUUCUCUCACUAACGAACAAGAGAGAUUUGUUGAUGCUUAUUCUACAGAUCCACAUGUCCUUCUGUCAAAACAUAACGGAGACAGAUGGCAGGACUUGGGUCCUUUCGUGGACAGAUGUCAACGGGAAGGAGACUGGCAAACGACUUCCGACCCGAAUGUGAUGUAUUCACCUACCUUGCAUGCUUACAAAAAACUUUUUCAGUCUAACUUUCAUGCGCAGCGUACAGUGCACUUGGUACCUCAACAUUCCACACACACUCCACACCACGUGUUUUUGUCGGAGGACGCUCUGACGCAGUAUCCAGCCUUACAGGAAGUUCCAGCUUCCCUGUGGGCCACACACAAAUAUGAUGUAGGUUUGAUCAAAGGAUGUGACCCAGUGGUCAUCACGCCAAAGUCUGACUACAGACCAUGCAAACAGCAAUACCCUUUAAAGAGAGAAGCAAUUGAAGGAAUAACACCGGUGUUUAACUCUCUUUUGAAAGCAGGAGUCAUCGUCCCAUGUGACAACUCUCCAGUGAGGACUCCACUCUUCCCAGUUAAGAAAAUCAGAGACAAAGGACAGCCAACAGAAUGGAGGUUUGUCCAGGAUCUGCAAGCAGUAAAUGCGGCGGUCCAACCACGCGCGCCUACGGUACCGAACCCCUACACCAUUCUUUCUCAGGUUCCGCCCAAGGCUAAAUUUUUUUCAGUAAUUGAUUUGGCUAAUGCUUUUUUCAGCGUGCCCAUUCACAAAGACAGUCAAUUCUGGUUUGCUUUUGAAUUUAACGGAAAGUCAUAUACCUUUACCAGACUAUGCCAGGGGUAUUCAGAAAGCCCUACAAUCUACAAUAUGGCACUGAAGGACAGCCUGGAUGAUCUUGUCUUGUCCCCAGGCACCGCCCUGCUGCAGUACGUUGACGACUUGAUGAUCUGCAGUGAGGAUCAGGAAACUUGCACAGCAGACACGAUUAAGCUGCUGAAACACCUGCAUGCUGCUGGACACAGAGCAAGUCUGUCUAAAUUGCAGUUUGUUCAGACUGAAGUUACCUUCCUAGGUCACAUCAUCACCAGUGAAGGAAAAUCCAUUUCACCUAAAAGAGCUGAAGCUAUUCAGAACCUGCCUAAACCGUGCACAUACAAACAGCUUAUGUCCUUUUUAGGCAUGUGCUCUUAUUGCAGGAAUUUCAUUCCUAACUGCGCCGUCUUGGAGGCUCCGCUUAGAGCUCUGAUGCAGACGUCUUCUGCAUCCACCACCCGCCUCACGUGGACGUCUGAGGCUGAACAGGCGUUCACCGACCUCAAACGUGCUCUUCAGUCGGCUCCUACUUUGGGUCUACCUGACCCUACGCGACCUUUCACCCAAACAGUGGAUGAGAAAUCAGGUUGUAUGACCUCUGUCCUUCUACAGGAUCACGGAGGGCGUCCGCGCCCUGUAGCCUAUUUCUCUGCUAAGCUUGACCCAGUCGCUGCGGGGCUCCCACGAUGCCUCCGAGCAGUGGCUGCGGCAGAGAAAGCCGUGCUGGCAUCACGUGACAUUGUUGGCUAUUCUGAUGUCACCCUGCUGGUUCCUCAUGCCGUGUCUUUGAUCCUUUUGGAACAAAAAACAUCACAUCUUUCUACAGCCCGAUGGCUUAGAUACAACACCAUCUUACUGGACAUGCCAAACAUUACUGUCAAAAGGUGCAAUGUGCUUAACCCAGCCACUUUGUUUCCAGGCCCUGACGAUGGCGAGCCUCACAACUGUGUUUCGGUGUUGAACCAGGUCUGCACUCCGCGCCCAGAUCUGUCGGAGGUGCCAAUUCCUAACUGUGACCUCAUUCUCUUUGUUGAUGGCUCCGCCUCUAGAGACCCUGCUUCGGGCCGCUGUCAGGUGAAAGCGGCUCUGCCCAAACAGGCGACAGAACCACUGCACAUCAUUCAACCAGGAGACUGGGUGAUCAUUAAGGAGCUUCGCAGGAAGCACUGGAACUCAAAGCGGUGGCAAGGUCCCUUCCAGGUCCUUCUGACGACCAACACGGCUGUGAAGAUCGCAGAAAGAGCGACUUGGAUCCACUCCAGCCACUGCAGGAAGGUCCCGGAUCCGACAGACGACCCUCCAUCUACAUCUACACCACACGAGAAAACCACCACUGACGAAAAGAACUGAGAAGGACGACCCUCGCUGUGCUCACACACGCACUGAGGCGAGGCUGCGUUGACCGUUCAGCUAAAGGUGUGAGCCAAGCGCCGCCUGAAGCUGCGCCGGUGAAUCACACUAUCAGAC